AGGAAAAAGGGAAGCUGAUAGAGAGUGCUGGCACUCUGCAGUGUGCUGCCACCUUAUUAGAUGCUGAGGAACACUGAUUUGAAAUAAAUAUCUGCAUGCACACAAAUACAUACACUACUCUGUUCUACAAGACCAGAGGAAAUCCAAUUAUAUUAAUCAAAAUGUAAUCAUGGAUUUCUAUCGUGUCAACUGAUAUUGAAAAAAAAAUCCAAUCGUUCAUUAACAUCUAUCCAGAGAACCCAAAAGUGUAGGAGACAUAGUCACAUUACAAUGGAGAAUGUGACUCCUAGCGCUAUCACUAACUUCACCAAUACUGAACCUCUGAGCAAUAUGCCGGAGAACUCACUGGAAGUGCAGGUCAUCACCAUACUACUGUCCCUGCUCAUUUGUGGGGUGGGAAUAGCCGGCAACAUCAUGGUCGUCCUGGUGGUUCUCCGGACCAAACACAUGAUGACUCCAACUAACUGUUAUCUGGUCAGCUUGGCCAUUGCAGACCUCAUCGUUCUCUUAGCGGCUGGACUGCCCAACAUCUCUGAGGUGGUUUCUUCUUGGAUCUAUGGCUACGCUGGCUGCUUGUGUAUCACUUACCUGCAGUAUCUGGGCAUCAAUGUUUCCUCUUGCUCCAUCACAGCCUUCACUGUUGAGCGCUACAUUGCGAUAUGCCACUCCAUCAAGGCACAGUUCAUAUGUACUGUAUCCAGAGCCAAAAAGAUCAUCGCCUGCGUUUGGAUUUUCACCUCACUCUACUGCAUCAUGUGGUUUUUCCUCGUCGAUAUACACGAGAUGGUUUACGCCAAUGGUGUUGUUGUGAGAUGUGGUUAUCGGGUGUCAAGGAACCUCUAUAUGCCAAUUUACUUUUUGGACUUCACCCUGUUUUAUGUAAUUCCGCUGGUCGUGGCUACAGUGCUUUAUGGGUUAAUUGCUAGAAUAUUGUUCAUGAACCCUUUGCCAGCAAACUUAUCAGAAAGAGGAAAUGACUCAAUCCACCAGGGACGGACAAACAGCACAGUGAAGGUCUCCUGCAAGCCAAAUAAGGGUGCAGUGUCCUCCAGAAAACAGGUGACUAAGAUGCUGGCGGUGGUGGUGGUAUUGUUUGCUCUGCUCUGGAUGCCCUAUCGCACUCUGGUGGUGGUGAACUCGCUCAUGGACCCUCCGUACCUCAACACUUGGUUCCUGCUCUUCUGCCGCAUGAGCAUCUACACCAACAGCGCCAUCAACCCCAUCAUAUACAACGCCAUGUCGCAAAAAUUCCGCACAGCUUUUAAGAAGCUCUGCCACUGCAAGGGCACCACCAGUAAGGAGAAGGCGUCUAAACACAAUGCCCCAGUCUACUACAGUGUCAUCAAAGACUCCUCAAGUCCUGAAUACGAGACAGAGCAGGAGGACAUUAGCACAUACAGUGGCUCUGCCAAGAGGGUGAACUUUUCCGCCCAGACUGGAAGAGCGACCACUCCGGGGAUGUUUAGUAUUGCUUGAGUAAACCUGAGAAAAAGACACUUAGUUUUGCUGCAGAUCAACAGUUGAGGUUGUUAGGGCAUUCAUUAUGGGGAUUUAAUCAAAUGUUUCAUAUUUCAGCGUCUCAGUGGUCCAAAUAUUUCUUUUGAAAUUAGAACAAAACAUUAAAGGUCACAGUCAAAAAUUGGCUGUAUACAAGCUUCUUGAAGAUGCCAAUAAAUUUGCAAGUUGACAAGUGUUUUGAGGGUAGAUAUUGUUGAGUGGGCUGUUGAAAUUUUUGCCAGCUAGGAAGAGCUCUUUUUCUGGCUGACUGCCUGACUAAACUGAGAUGCAUGCUUGACACGUGCAUGUAUUGGAGUCGCUCAAGGCAUCUAUAUAGUAUUUAUAUGUUUAAAAAAGCUGUCUCGUUUUUUUAGGCCAUUUGCCUAGUCCACUGUGAAAAAUGUCCCAUUGGCCAACUGCUUUUUCAUUUGAAAAGACUGUGAAGGAAAAUGAAUAUGUUACACAAAUAAACCUACCUGAACAAAAAUCGACUUGUGUGACAAAAAGCCAGAAGCUAAAGCUAGCAAAUUGGAUAGCUAGCUACCACAUUUACUAGCAAAUUUACCUCAGUUAAACUUCUUGAGAUGGCAUCUGUUUGUGUGGGAAAAAAUGGAAUUUCAAUUUUCCUUGGUUAGCAUCCAACAACAACUCAUCUAGUAGCCUAUACUGUGUAUACAUCACACAUACAUAUGCAUUCUUUCAGUUAGCCAUUAACAACAUUUCUAUACAACUUACUCUGAGAAAUCAUAAAAAAAAAAAUACAAAAAAAAAAAACCAUACCAUUAGCCUCUUCAGUUUAAGGUCAGCGUUAUAAAGUGGUAUCAUUACUGCUAACUGGAUUUUCAAUAAUGAUAUGACGUAUUUGUGAAAUGAAUGCUGGGUAUUGUAGUGACAGAAUGUUGCUGAACAUAAACAAAAUAAAGAAAUGAAAUCUGCAAAAACCUAGAGAUUUUUAUGUAAGUUGACAGCUCAUACACUGAAUGCAAUUUUCAAGCUGACAUUCCCAUUUAAGUAAAAAUGGUUUUACGAUGUUAAGCUUUUUCUUACAAAUUGCUGAGUAGACAUUAAAAAAAACAACAGCCACAUGCUGUUCUGAGCUAUGCUGAUCUGUACUGUUAGUUCUGGCUGUAUUAAAUUAGCUUCCACCUGAGUGCACAGAGGGGAAAUCAGCAUGGGAUCAUCUUAAGCUGGUGCUCUCAAACUGAUGGAAAGAGACUGCACAGCUGGAAAUGAAAUCAUUCAUGCCUGUGAUAAAAAAUUAAAAAGAAAAAGCCAUGAAAAACAUGAAAAUGAACUGUAAGAAAAUAACCAAAUAUCCAUGAUGACGCAUGUAUAAUGUUAUGCCUGACAGCCGUAGAAAAUACUUGAGUUUUUUUUUAACUGUGCUUAAAUACUGUUUUGGAUGAUUUUUACUUAUGUAUUAUUGAAAUUGAAUAUGUGUACUCUUACUUAAAUUGACCAUUAAAGCUAAAUAAGUAUGUUAACUUAACUUUAAGAUUUGCAAUUUAGCUAGUUAAAUUAGCUAGCUAGCUAAGUUUUGUAAUUUAGCUAGUUAAAUUAGCUAGCUAACUACAUUUUUUUAUUUAGCUAGUUAAAUUAGCUAGCUAGCUAAGUUUUGCAAUUUAGCUAGUUAAAUUAGCUACCUAGCUACAUUUUGUAUUUUAGCUAGUUAAAUUAGCUAGCUAGCUACAUUUUUUGUAAAUUGGCUUCUCACAUUAGCUAGUUAGCUAAGUUUUGUUUUGUUGAUAAUUUGCCUCAGUAUUCAUUGCAAAUUUUAUUUUUUUUUUACAUUUUGAAAUGGUUUUUAAGAUUUUGAGACAAUGCCCAUACUUUUUAAGUUCAGUUUCUCUGUGCUUUUUCCACCCCUGCUGUCUGAAGUCAAAUCAAUAUACAUGAACACAAAGCAUUCUUUCAGUGUUUGCAGGACAGCAGUUUGAUGAUGUGUCACAUGAUUGUAUUCCUUGUUCACUGAUAAUGAAACUUUGUGUGACCUAAGUUAUUAUUUCAGAAAAAAAAAAUCUUAUUGAGAUCACAUAGUCUCUCAUAAUCAGCACCCACGAUGCUGUCAUGAUUACAGAAAUAACAGUACUUCAGAUAUUUAUUGGGAUUCUUGACUUACUUUGUUCUCUUUGUGAAUUUCAUCAGAUAAUCAGCUUCCACUUAAAAUAGUGUAACAAUAUGUGACAAAUUACAAGCUCACAGUCAGUUUUUUCUAUCUUUUUAUUUAUUUAUUUGUUUGUUUUUAAUUUAUGUUUUGGGGCUGUGUAUGAGCAACUUUAUACAUCCUUCUAAUUCACAGUUGUAAUGAUCUUAAAUGUAGCUCUGUGGAAAUCACUCAGUUUUCAAUAUAUCAGGAAACAGCAACUACUUUCCCAUCAUUUGGUAUUGUUCAGAUUCUUAACAGUUGUUGAACAAUUGUGAAUGGGUGUAAAUAAUGUAGUAUUUAUAAUGAAAAUGUGUUUUUAUUUAUGAGUAUAUAUUUUUUGUCAUUAUAAAUUGUUUUACAGCUAACAAAACUGUCUGUGAAAUGUCAGUCAAGUAUCAGUGCUACUCAGAGAAUGAUAUCAUCAGAUUAGUUUCCCUGACCAACAGCAAAACCAUUUAUCGGAAUCACAAUCAUACUGACAAAGAUGACAGUGCUCAUAAUAAUAUUAAUCAUUGGCACUUUUACUUGGAGGUUGUGUUUGAAUUCCUAGACCAUUAGAUGAUCCGGUGCAACAUUUUCAUCUAAUAACAAAUCCUCGCCUAAUUUCGCAAACGCAACGUAGCAUUCAGAAUGUAAUUGUUGCAAAGAGAAAUAAAGAGAACAGUAAAGCUAUUAGGAUAAGACAUGCAAAAUCUCAUUUGCAAUUUUAUUUUAAUAAAAAAAUAAAAUAUGAAAUAUAUAAAUUUAAAAUAAAAUAUAUAAGUAAAUCACUUUUGGCCCAUCACUUUUGUACAUUCAGUACUUGGGACAUUUUGUGAAUCUGUUGAAUAUGGAUUUAAUAUGCUGUUUUCUUUAAUAAUGUCUAAGUGUGUUCAUGUGAAAUUAAAUAGCUCAGUCUGCACUGUGCAAUAUAAACAAAGUAUGAGUAUGUGGCAAGUUAUGUUGCAUGAAUAUUAUUUUAUGUCGUGUGACAUGUAUUUUUAUAUGUUCAUAAAAUUUCGAAUGGUAAAGUUUAAAUGCCAAAUUAAAAAUGCUAAGUGGUUGGUACUGAAUGCUUCAUUCUUAACUAGUUGAGCAUUUUUCUGAUUUUUAUUAUCACUUUGAACUAAUUUUUCAAUUACAGUUAAUAAUAAUAAAAAAAUAUCUCCUAUGGAUGCAUGGAUUAGAGUUAGGAUGCGCAUAUUAGUGAUAUGACAAAAUAAAUGUUGCUUGCAGCAAGCAGUUUGAUUGUUUAUCCCUGAAAUAGUGGCACUAAAAUGUCUUUGCAUGGACUUAAAAGGCCAAAUGAAUCCUAUAAGCCAGCUCAUUAGUCUAUUCUCCACAAACAUCUGCUUUUGAAAGAAAGACUCUAAAUGAUCUUACUUUCAGUCCAUGAGGACGGAACAUUUUUUGCGCAAAGUGAAGUAAGACACUGUUUACAGAAGGACUAAUGAAAUCAUACAUGAAAUGUGAAAUGUCAUAUUCUGGACUUAUUAUAUUUUAUUGGUGUCUUUU